CAUCACACUCGCAUCUGGAGCGGAGGAGGAGGAGGCGGGAGCGCGGGCGCGUCACCGAGCGCAUCCUUACGGAGCGCGCAGGCACAGAAGAAAACACCGUACAGCUCGGCCACCCAUUUCAGCUGGAGGAUCGGCCUGGAGAAAUUCAUGGAAAUAAAAUAGAAAUCCAUUCCCUUGGCUUUUUAUUUUUUGUUUUCUGAUCACAGCCAAGCCACUGGACUUCAAAAUGGCUGAGAUGACUAAUUUAAAAACAACCUAUGAUGUGUCCCCAGUACUUGCGGGUUUUCUGGGUGCAGGGGUCUUGGUCGUCUCUGUGACGGUGGCUGUUUUUCUGUGGACGUGCUGUCAGCGGCGAUAUCGUCAAAUGACAGGUGCGCACAAGCUGACCAGCGGCCCCUACGACCCACCCGUUGACCCUCCCUACAAGUUCAUCCACAUGCUCAAAGGCAUCAGCAUCUACCCCGAGACCCUCAGCAACAGUAAGAAGAUUGUACGGGUGGGCCGGCGCUCAGGAUCGGGCUCCCUGUUUAGAGAAUGGGGUCGUGGGUCCCCAAACGGCGACGUGCUUCUUGUGGAUUCAGAUCCCGAAGGUGGUACCCCACACCUACAGAUGAACCACCUGGUACCUCCCAGACUGGAGAGGGCGCUGCCCAUCCGGGCCGACUACUGCUGUAUGGAGAGCAGCUCAGGAAGCAGCAGCGAAGCACCCAGUAAGACGGCGUCGCCCCACAGUCUCGACUCCCCCUCUCUGGGAACGCUCAGUUUGGCCGUCGACUACAACUUCCCCAAGAAGGCCCUUGUCGUGACCAUCGUAGGAGUGCAGGGGCUCCCCGCAGUGGACGAGCAGGCAGGCAGCUCUGACCCCUAUGUGAAGAUGACCAUCCUGCCAGAGAAGAAGCACCGGGUGAAGACACGUGUCCUGAGGAAGACUCUGGAGCCCGUGUUCGAUGAGACGUUCACCUUCUACGGCAUCCCCUACAGCUCGCUUCCUGAGCUCUCGCUGCACUUCCUGGUGCUCAGCUUUGAUCGCUUUGCACGGGAUGAUGUCAUCGGGGAGGCGGUGGUGCCGUUGGCGGGCGUGGACCCCAGUACGGGACGGGCACACAUCACCCAACAAAUCAGCAAGAGGAACACGCAGUGUGAAAGUCGUGGGGAGUUGCUGGUCUCUCUGUCUUACCAGCCUGUUACUCACAGGCUUAAUGUAGUAGUCCUUAAGGCCAAACACCUGCCAACCAUGGACAUCACAGGCCUGUCAGGCAACCCUUAUGUUAAAGUAAACGUCUUUUACGGCCGCAAGCGCAUAGCCAAGAAGAAGACGCACGUGAAGAAAUGCACACUCAAUCCCGUUUUCAAUGAAUCAUUUAUCUACGAUGUUCCCACUGAGCUUAUGCCGGACAUCUCUGUGGAGUUUCUGGUCAUCGAUUUUGACCGCACCACGAAGAAUGAGGUUGUGGGGCGCCUGGUUCUGGGUGGUCAGAGCCCUAUUCCAUCAGGGGUGACUCACUGGAGGGAAGUCUGUGACAACCCAAGGCGGCAGAUUGCCAAGUGGCAUAACCUAAUAGAGUACUAGUGUCUGGUUUACACAUGGGGAAAGCAAAAUCUAUUAUACCACUUCCUUCCUGUCAGCCCCUCUAUAGAAAGAAGCCCAUUUAACAAUCUCCUUUUUCCCAGUACAGACAAGUGGUAUGUGUCAGGACAUAGUACCAGGAACAGUCUAACGGAAAAGACACUUAGAAAGUUCUCUAGUGAACUCAUAGCAAAAAAGACUCAUACAUGAUAGCAAAUAAAAAAAAAGAGAGUCAGUGUGGUUUUUGGCUCUGAUUAGACAUCGCUUAAGUUAAUUAUAAGCGAAUUAUACCUGGGUGAGAGUUAUACCCCAGUAUCCUCAGAGCCUUUUACCAGUAUACCGCCAUAUUCACAAUAUACAUACACUACUUUCAAUUAGCCGCAUGCUAGAAAUAGUGAGACACUUUUAUUUUUAGGAUGAAGGCAGGUCGUAAGAAAAAGUGAGCUUUAAGUCCACUUUUAAAAAAAUUAUAAUGGGGUGAAUGUUUUGGUAGUGUAGGAUAAAAAUGGAUGAGGGAGAUAUAAACCGGACACCAUCAUGAGCAUUUUUGCUAACAUGCUAAUACUUACCACAGAAGGCUGAAAUAUGGCUAUUAUUCAUAUCCAGCUAAAAUUGAGAUCCAAUGAGUCAGUUAAACAAAAUCUGGUGUCAAGGCCAAGUUUUCAGCCAACCACCAAAUGAAAAUUAGAGUCCGUCAACACAGGAUUAAAAAUGAAUUUGAUUUAUGAAAACGCUCUGAUGUUCCACAUAGUAAAACAAGUCUACACGUUCCCUGUUUUUAUGCUGUAGCUGUUUAUUUAUUUGUAGCUGUACUUAUACAUUAUUGUUUAUUUCUCCAUCUUGAUGGAAAGCACUUCUAUGACAUGUUGUUGGCGCAUCUCAACAUAUCUACUAUUCAUUGAUUUAAAUUCACUUUUGUUUUUCCUUUUUUUAUGCAUAUCUAUGCACAUUUUCAUUGUACCACAAAGGAUGUUUUGACCCAGUUGCUGUGCUACCAUAGCAUAGAGAUCAGGGAAGGUUUGAUCAAAAAAGUUGGAGGGAAACAUCAAAUAAAUAACAGUCAAAGCCAAAUGUGACAGAUAUUAGUAUAUUUACGCAUUGUCAAAUUUGUACAUUUUACAUGUACUGUACCUAACACCACAGUUUCUAUUGCCAUCAAAUGUGUUUUUUAAGACCACACUUAAUUCCUAAGGCCAUAAAACUAAUUCUUAACGUAUUUGGUCAAGAUGUAUAUAAUGUAUCAUAUGGCGUAACACUAGAUUCUUCAGUUUCUUUUUUCAUAGUACAAUUAAAUAUAGUCAAAUAUACAUUAGAACUUUUGACAUACAAAUGGUGUCAUGAAAAUAACUAAAAUUAACCACCCCAACUUAGAAAUCAUAAUUACUUCAAUAACCUGUUUGGCUUUAAGCCUGUCUAUUCUUUGAUGGAGAUAUAUGCAUAUUCAGACCAGUUUUUGCACUUUCUUAGAGUACUGUAUUUAUUUUUAUGAUUUGUGUUCAAAAGAAAGAAUAUAUAUAUAUAUAUAUAUAUGUGUGUGUGUAUGAAAAACCUUAAUAUCUAUGAUAGGACUAAUAACUGACCAAAUCAAAGUUAGGAUUUUGGCAUGAGCCAGUAAUAAUUAGUCAGCGGCAGCUGUCGAAAACUAACCAAAGUAGACCAACGUUUUGUGGUGUGGAUAUCUCACCCCUGAGUGAAAUUAGUUUUGGUGACCGCGAUGAAGCCGCUCACACUGCGGAGUCUAUGUUUGAAGGCAUGCAAUGUGCGUGUGGAUGUGUUCCCAUUGAUGUCACUCGUGCCCACAGCCCCUGAGGCAGAAUUACAUGCUCUAUUCCCAGUGCGAAUGAGCACAUAUUUAGUUAAUAAGGCAGAAAGUGGGAGGGGGAGAGUAGAAAAAGAUACGACUGGCUCAUUAGAGGUAUUUCAUAUUUAACAUGUGAAAUUAAUAUAGCAGCAAAUUAAGCCCCAGCCUUCUCUCCACGAUAUCUGCAGUCAAGCUCAUUGUGAGUCAUUAAAUCCACAUAAUGAGAUUUACCAUUGUUCAUAAGGAAAUAAAUGAAUCCCAAUCACGUUUUGAAAAAAAAUUAAGAAACCAUAUGCCCAUCGUCUAGCUAUACAUUUACAACAGUGAACUCUUCCACCCUCUGUAAUGUUUUUAACCCUGCAUGCAUUCACUAUUCAAAUUUCUGCUUCAAAACUGGUGUAUAUAUUACAGUUUUUAGUGGUUUAUAUGACAGCAAAACCCACUUUUGUAAAAACAACAACCCAAACUACACAUUGCAACCUACGUGAAAUGAUACAUGUGUGUUUUUCUUUAUUUUAACCCUCAGCUCCUUGUGUUACUUGGAACUUUUUUGAUCUUUUGGGCAUAAAAUGCUUGUAUAAAAAUAUCAAUAACUAUAGACAUAAAGAUGAAUAUAACCAAUUGUAAAUGAGUGUUUGUUCCAAUGCACUGGUGGGCAGCAGCACUUUCUGCUCUUCUUGUAUCUAACUGUUUUACCUGGAAUGGAAAUGGUUUCUUUUUGUGUAAACCUCCUCUUUUGGAGUGCUAUCUGCCCCUCUUUUUCUCUCUGCCACUGGUCCCUAACAAUCCCUCAGUUUUUUGUGCUGUUGUAUGUUGUACAGAAACAUUGAAAGCUGAACAAAGAUGAAAAUGAGCUGAGAAGAAAAUUAUUGUAAUGAAUAUAUUAGUCCAUUUGGAUCACGCAGUGUUGAUAAGGCUAAAGUGCAGUGAUUCAGCUUUAUUUUAGGUGUCCCUUAAACCACUGUACCUAGAUGAUAAGCAGUGUUAGUUCACCACAACUGUAGUGUGAUUCAUGUUGUUACCUGGCCUUUUCAAUAUUUGUAGGUACAAGCAAGUUGUCUAUGUAUAAUGUAAGUACAGUGAAUAACAUGUACAUUACAUAUCCAGCUUAAUACUGCUCAUUUCACUACACGAUCUUCAGGGACAUCUAACAUAAAGUGUGAACUGUUAUGCUUUUGAAGGCAAGAUAUCUGCAUACUGCUGUGAGUUUAUGCUAAAUACAGUAUGUUACACUAAUGCUGACUUGUACUGUAUGUUGACGUUGUUAACACAAUGGACGUGCAAAUAAAAUAAAAACUGAUACACUA